AUGGGGUUUCAUGUGGGACCAAACACGGCUUAUGUGAGUACAGCAGGGUACGUCGCUUCCGGUGAAGCUGCAUCGUCGGUCCAGUACUGUAAGACAAGAGGUAAUUUACCUGAAGAAAUUCGUCGGUUCUCAAGACCAACUUCUGCGACGACAAGAACAAAGAGCAAAGAAAGAGCAGAUGCGACUAUCUUGUAA